AUGGCUCAGCACAAAAUGAAGAAGAAGGUAAGCCGUAAAUUAAUAUACGAUUAACACGUUUAAAGACUUCUGUUCCUGUUGGCGUAAAACAAAAAGUGAAGAAGCAGAAGCAACAACAAGGACAUCCCAGGAAAGGUUCUAAUGUCAUCCUGCCAGCAAAGAAGUCUGGGAAAGUGUUGGAACAUAAGGUUAGCUCGAAUGUUUCGAAGACCAUCAACCAGAAGAACGAGGACAUGGUCAGAGGAAGGGCCGACAAAGAUCAGGGGCGUGUAUCCAAGAAGAAGAAGUAA